AUGAUGCAAAUGUGGCUGAAUUUCGCAACAAACCAAAAGGCAGGUUUAACCCUAACAAGGGUGCUCAACAAGGUUGCUAAUCAGGCUCCACGGGCUUUAAGAAACAGGCCCAAGCCCCCAAUUCCCAAAGAAGAAAUCUGGAUUCUCAGGGAAGUGCAAUCACUGUGGCAAGGUUGGACAUCGCGGAGCCGAUUGUCGCAGCAAGGCCAAGGAGAAAAACCAAGCCAACUUGACAGAACAGAUGUUCAGCACUUACCAGAAAAGCAAGGAGAUGAUCGUCUGCUGAUGGGAAAUGUGUCCCACUCCAAGAUUGAAGGCACUGGAAAGGUGGUCCUGAAGAUGACAUCUGGAAGAGAGCUCACACUCAACAAUGUGAAGCAUGUUCCAGACAUGAGGAAGAAUCUGAUUUCUGGCACUCUGAUGAGCAAGCAUGGAUUCGCCAUCAACUUUGAGUCUGACCAGCUGAUUCUCAGGAAGAUGGUGUUUUUAUAG